AUGAUGCAACCAACUCCUGCUCCAUCUUCCGCCCCGAAUUCUCCAGAACGGAAACUUGAACCCUUAGCAGAGUCACAAACAUAUCCUGCGCCCCCUCAGAAUGUUGGAAGUGCACCUUUUGGAGUUCUUGUUGGUCUCUUUGACAAGCUUCAAGUUGAAAGGAAACAGGACAGGCGGAGGAAGUUAAUCGAGACGUGGUUCAAUCACUGGCGUGAGGAGAAAGGAUACGAUCUUUAUCCCGUCUUGCGUUUGAUUCUACCUCAGAAAGACCGAGAACGUGCUGUCUAUGGCUUGAAAGAGAAAAAUCUUGCGAAAACCUACAUUAAGUUGAUUCCUUUGGGCAUGCGAGAUCCUGAUGCCAUCCGUCUUUUGAACUGGAAGAAACCAACUGAACGAGAAAAAACCUCAGGAGAUUUUCCGACUGUUCUGUACGAGGUCGUUAGCAAGCGGUCCUCCGUUAUUGAGGGAUCUUUGUCUAUUGACGAGUUGAAUGACAUCCUUGACGAACUGGCCAAAAAUAUGGGCAAACAAGACAUUCAGUCGGGUAUCUUGCGACGGAUAUACAACCGUUCGACGGCCCAAGAGCAACGCUGGAUCGUUCGUAUUAUAUUGAAAGAUAUGAUCAUAUCUGUAAAGGAGACCACUAUUUUUUCAGUGUUUCACCCAGAUGCUCAGGACCUAUACAAUACUUGUUCCGAUCUCAAAAAGAUUGCAUGGGAACUUUGGGAUCCUUCCUUCAGGCUCAACGCGGAAGAUAAAGCAGUCCAGUUAUUUCAUGCUUUCGCGCCAAUGUUGUGUAAGCGUCCAACGAAGAAGAUCGAAGAAACUGUCCGAGAAAUGAGUGGUUCCGAGUUCUUUAUAGAGGAGAAACUCGACGGAGAGAGGAUGCAACUGCACAAGAGAGGCAACGAAUAUUUAUAUUUUUCUCGGAAAGGAAAGGAUUACACAUAUCUGUAUGGGAAACACGUUGGCACGGGAAGCUUGACUCCGUUUAUAGACAAGGCCUUUGAUCCUCGAGUGGACGAUAUAAUUUUAGACGGUGAAAUGCUAGUUUGGGAUCCUGUGUCUGAGCGUAAUCUACCGUUCGGGACAUUGAAGACGGCAGCACUCGACAAGUCUAAGAAAGAGCACAACCCGCGCCCUUGUUUCAAAGUUUUUGAUCUUUUGUACCUGAACGGUCAAUCCCUUCUCCAUAAAUCGACAGCUUUUCGAAAGAAGAAUAUGCGAAACUGCCUCAAGGAGAUCACCGGAAGAAUUGAAUAUGCGGUCGACUACAAAGGCACUACCGCGAAAGACAUCCGAAAAAGAAUGGACGAAGUGAUGGGUAACCGCGGUGAGGGCUUGGUUAUCAAACAUCCGUUAUCCAAGUACGUUUUAAAUGGAAGGAAUAUGGAUUGGAUCAAGGUGAAACCCGAAUAUAUGGAUAAUAUGGGAGAAACUGUUGAUGUUCUCGUUGUUGCCGGGAACUAUGGAACUGGAAAGCGUGGUGGAGGCGUUUCAACGCUCAUCUGUGCUGUCUUGGAUGACCGCCGAGCAAACGAGGAUGACGAAGAGCCAAAAUACAGCACCUUUGUUCGUAUCGGUUCUGGGCUGUCCUUCGCCGACUACGUUUGGGUGAGAGAUAAACCAUGGAAGGUCUGGGAUCCAAAGCAUCCCCCCGAAUUCCUUCAGACUGCCAAGCGGACUCAUGAAGACAAGGGAGACCUCUAUCUAGAACCGGAGGAUUCAUUUAUACUGAAAGUCAAAGCUGCUGAGAUCACGCCGUCAGAUCAAUAUCAUAUGGGCUUUACCAUGCGAUUCCCCCGUGCCUUAUCCAUCCGAGACGACUUAAGCAUUGCGGAUUGCAUGACUGCUACAGCUGUUUUCGAAAGCCUGCGGUCGGAGAAGAAGCGCAAAAUGGAGAGCGACGCGGGAGUAUCCUCCAAGAAACGCAAAACAACAGCGAAAAAAGCAACUGUCCUCCCAGCAUAUAAGGGCCCAAAUUUGAAGGGAGUACGAGUAAAGACGGAUAUCCUGGAUGGGCUAAAGUUUGGCGAGCUCCUUGCUUCCUGCUCCAUCUAUCAGGUGCUUAUACGCCUUACUCCAGUGGUUAUGGCGGAUCCUAAAUCCAGAACGGGUGAUGAAGAAAGGAAAGAACUGAUGAAAUUGAUUCACGCCAACGGCGGAUCCUGUGCCCAAGUUGCCAAUAAUCAACCAGAAUUGUUCAUUGUAUAUGAGGGCAAUACCAUUCCGUAUGACUUGAAGCUGCUGAUCGACAAAAAUGUGUACGAUGUGAUAAAGCCAAAUUGGAUCACAGAUUCAGUGGCUCUAGGCGAGCCUGCUCCCUUGCGCAAAAAAUAUUUCUUUCGUGCGACGGACGAGCGGGCAUCGACGGAUGAGUACAUGCAGGAGGACGAAGACCAGGCCUUCGAAGCACCCACGCUCAAAGAAGACCCGAGUGCGAAGCUCGAGGAGGAAAUGGUUCCAAAAGUUGAGGAACAAGAAUAUGACAUUGAUCCCUCGUUGGCAGAUUGGCUCAAGAUUGAUGAUAAGAAUGAAAAGCUUCAUGCGGAGGCCAAGGAGGAACAGGAUGAUUAUUCCGCAACUGACGACGAUUCCGACAACGCUGACGUUUUGGAACCGGAAGAGGUGGAUCUGGAUGACUGGCUCAAAGUGGAAUCCGCGGAUGAGCCUUCUGUCAUAGCUUCUGCAGCUACAGGAAGUGAAUCACUGUCUACCGACUGUGUGGACGUGAAGAUGGGAGAAACGGAGGCCGCAAUGGAAUACGACCAAGAUCUUAUCUUCAAGCAUCUAUGCUUCUACCUCGACUCUCCAGAAAACGCUCAGCGAAACCAGAUGAUCGUGAAAACCAGAUACGAAAAGGAUAUCAAGCAAAGGCAUGUUGUGGUCCUCCGUGUGUGCAUUGAGCCAGUGACUGAUUGUGCACCGCCCAGCUUUGUCGACCUCUCAAAAGUGAUCGCCGAUAACGGGGGAAAGAUUGUCGACCUCGACGAACCCAAGCUGACUCAUAUUAUUAUCGACAAGAGGGACGACAGUCGGCGCUUGGAGCUCAUGAAGCGCACAUCGAAACGACGUCUGAUUAUAUCGGAGUACGUGCAAGCAUGCUUGGACGAAGGGACACUUCUUGACGAAGAUGGUGCGUAUCAUUUCCGGGACGACCGACGAGGGUGUCUAACGUAG